UUACAAAUGGAGACUAACGUCAUGGCAGAAUCUUUUGAAGGCGGGGUACAGGCAAUGAGGAUGAACUAUUAUCCACCUUGUCCUCAACCCGAGCACGUCAUCGGCUUAUCACCACAUUCAGAUUCUGGUGGUUUGACGAUCCUCCUUCAACUCAACGAAGUGGAUGGAUUACUGAUUAAAAAAGAAAAAUCAUGGGUUCCAAUUAAACCUCUACCUAAUGCCUUUGUAGUGAACAUUGGAGAUACUUUGGAGAUAAUGAGUAAUGGGAUUUACCGCAGCGUGGAACACAGAGCAACAAUAAAUUUAACAAAGGAGAGGCUAUCAGUUGCAACAUUUCAUAACCUUAAACUCGAUAGGGAAAUAGGUCCCAUACUUCGCAUGAUCACACCAGCAACACCUGCCAUGUUCAGAACAAUUGGGCAUCUGGAUUAUUUGAAGAAAUAUGUUUCCCAUAAACUUGACGGGAAAUCAUUACUUGAUUCCAUGAGGAUAGGAGAAGGUGAUAAAGACAACAACGCUAUUUGAAUGCUGUCAUGCGCAGAUGUACAUUUGAAUGAAGUAAGUUACUUGGCUGAAGUAAAUUAAAGGGUCUUAUCCGAGCUUUCUGUACUAAGAAAUUAAUUUAUGAAUAGGUGCUGUUCCCACGGGUAUGAGUGUAACCCUGUCUACAAAUAAUUGGUGUUUUAUUGAGCAUGCAUAAGUUUUGUUGCCGUUCUGCAUGAAGAAUUUUCUUAUGAAUAUGUGGAUCACUGGAAUGAAUUGGAAUAGAGGGAUAUUGGAUUUGGCUACAAGGGCCUUUUCAAUCGAUGUGAUUGUUGGUUGAAAUGCGAAUCUUGUGAUCACUAAUUUAUGGCAUAAACAUGUAAUGUUCUUAUUAUAGUCAAGUUAUAUCUCAAUCUCUUUCUUAUUAUUGUCAAGUUAUAUCUCAAUCUCAACAGUUGAGGAUGUA